UUCUGCUCGGUGGAAGUGUGUAUGUGCAAGGCCAUCGCAAUGGCUUCGAAUAUUCCUCUUCCUAUUCCCCCGCGUACCCCAACACCGCCAUCGGAUGAAGUGACAGAUCAUUAUGCGGCGCAAAUCAACUCAGGAGUCGCGGUUGAUCGCGACGCUUUGUCGCCACUUCGAGAUACGUUUCCCAGGAGCGUAUCGCUUGACCCAGGCAACGGGGAUCGUCUUAGUCCAACCAAAUCUUCAUUCAAUUUGAGCCCUGGACCUGCAGAUUCCACGACUGUACAGAAUGGCUCGAGUGACUCGACCGCCGCGGGACCGUUCAAUUUCAAUACAACCGUUAUGGCAAAAGGUCCAGUGGUUAAAUCGAACAUUGGACAGCGUCGUGGCCACAAAUACAAGCACAGUAGUAUCUCACACCAAAUAUUCCUCGAACCUCCCCCACGGGCGCCCUUAGCUUUACCAAACUCUUUGCCAAUUCCAACAUUGAAAGAAUGCCGUGCUAGUAUGUCAAGGGAUCAGAAGACACGCUUUUGGUGGAGCGUUUGCCAUAUGUUCGUGGCGGCAUAUACACUUUGGACCGCGCAUGGGUCGCUGGCCAUGACGGCAUUGUCCCAUUUGAUACUCUUCGACUCACUUGGAGCUCUUCUUUGUGUGGCUGUAGAUGUCCUUGGGAACUUUGAAGUGUGGAAGCGAUCUAGUAUCCGCCACCCAUUUGGCCUGGAGCGAGCCGAGGUCCUUGCUGGCUUUGCGAUGUGCGUCCUGCUCCUGUUCAUGGGGUUGGACUUGAUAUCCCAUAAUUUGCAGCAUUUCCUUGAGAAAUCUGGUCACGAACCCCAUCAUUCUCAUGACCAUGACCGGGUAUCUGUGGGAAGUGUCGAUGUGACAGCCGUUCUGGCCAUUUCCUCGACGCUGGUGUCUGCAAUUGGUCUCAAGAAUCAUGCACGAAUCGGAAAGGCCAUGCGUUUUGGCUACAUUGAGUCUCUUCCAUCAGUCUUGAGCAACCCAUCUCAUUUCCUAACUCUCUCAUGCUCUGCUCUCUUGCUUUUGCUGCCAUUGGUCUCGAUUCGAAUCUACGAUUGGCUUGACAAGCUCCUCUCCGGCACCAUUGCUAUUUCCAUGUGCGUUCUCGGCGUGCGCUUGGUGAAAACUCUAGGCUCUAUGCUGCUGAUGUCCUACUCGGGUCAAGGAGUGACAGAGGUCAUCAAGGACAUCGAAGCAGACCCGGCUGUCUUUGGUGUUGAUGACGCCCGCUUCUGGCAGGUCCAUUACGGGCUUUGCAUGGCCAAUCUGAAAGUCCGCGUUGGUGGAACCGAGGAUACACUAUCUCGAUUGAGAGAGAAGAUCUCUAGCUUGAUUCGAAACCGACUCGGUGGGGGUUAUGGCACCGGUGGCCAGAAAUGGGAGGUUUCCCUCCAAUUCACUAUUGAAAAGCCCUAGCUUGCCAUCUGGUGGAAGAUAUAUGUGCAACCUGUGCAAUUACUACUAGAAAUAUACCCU